ACUGCGAUGACAAAAUAAAGUAGCCGAGGAAAAACUUAAAAAUUAUUUAAUUAUAAUAUAACUCGAGACAACUUCGGCAUGGUCAUUCCAAAGGAGAUCCUCAGCGACUACCGGGAGCUGUACGAGAAGGCCAACCGCCUGGUGGAGGAGGAGAGUCGCAGUGAUCCGCCCACGGAUCCAUUUCGUUCCCACUACAAGGCUCGCGAUGUUUUAUCCGAUUUAAAAACUCAACUGGACUCGCAAUUGGUCUCCAUCCUGGCCAGCGAGGAUGAUGGCGGCCAGGAUGACCUCUGCUACCGCUCCCUGCUGGCCUUCGUCUGCCGGGAUCUGGGCAGGAUCUACAUCUACACAGAGGAGCCUGCGGAGGGCGAGAAGCUAAUCAAUCGCUGCCUGGAUUUAGUUACCCCUUUGAAGGAUCGUCCCGAGGGCAUUGUACCUUAUAUAGGUGCCAUCAACGAGCUGAGCAUUGUGCUGGCCUCCAAGGAGGAGUACCAGAAGGGCCUGGACAUUCUCCUCCAGGCGGAGAAGAGCUAUGAGGAUUUUAAGGCCAGUGGUCGCCAGGCUUUGGCCAUCAAAGAUAUAUUCAAUCCCCCGGAGGAGGGAGAGGAAUCCGCUGCAGCGGGCCCGAAAGAACUGGAAUCUCUGUAUACCCUGGUUUCCUUCUACAUGGCACAGAUGUAUGGUCAUCUAGGGGAGCCGGAAAAGUCGGCGAAAUGCUGCCAUCGCACUUUGCACCGCCAGCUGGAAUCUAAAACCUACGAUGCCAUUGAUUUCGCUUUGAACACGGCCACUCUCUCGCAGUUUUAUAUCGGGGAAGAGCGCUUCCAGGAGGCAAGGCAUCACUUAGCCGCCGCUACUCUAAUUAUGGCGGAGUACGAGGUGCACAUGCUGGAGCCCGAGAUGAGCGAGAAGCAGCGCCAGGACAUCGCGGAGACCUUCAAGCAUCGCUACGCGGAUAUCGCCCGCUGUUGGGCCAAGUACGGUUUGUACUUGAUGCACACCUCUAAACUACGUUUGAUGCGGGACGAAGAUGACAGCGAGGAGGCCAAGAAUGUGGAGAAAAUCAUGCGCAAUCUUCGGCUGGCCGAGGCGCAGCAGUCGCGGUUUCCCGGCCUCGAUCUCACCGCCUGCGAGAAUCGCAUUAGUUGCGAGUACUGCCUCACCUUCGACGAUGCCAAGCUGGUCUUCCACUUCGUCAACGAGUGGCUGGAUAUUGCCAAGGAUUAUUACAAGGCCGAGAACGAGGCCACCGAGUACUCGAAGAUCGUGCAGGAUUACGCCGAGGCGUACGAGCACAUUGCCUUUUUCGAGGAGAAUCCCGAGAAUCAGGCCAAGAUGCAAAAGCGCAGGGCCAAGUUUCUAGAGGAUCUACUCGAUCUGCUCGACCCGAUUUUCUACAUGAAGAUCUGCCGGGAGUGCUGGUAUGGCGCGGGCACCGCCCAUGCUGCUGUACUAGACGUGCGUCUGGAUAUCAUCAGGGCCACGAGUACCCCUUCACCGGAGGAGAUUAAGAAGGUCAACCAGAGCUGCAUGAAGGCCAUCAAGCAUUUCGAGAGCUAUGUUAAAUCCUACUUAGCCAAACCGCAGAGCGAGGAGUGGCGCCCGAAUAUGGACGUGGAGGAGCAGCGUCACAUGCUCUACGCCCACUUCCACAUCGGUCGCAUCUACUACAAGCUGAUCAGCGCCCAUCCGCUCCAGCAAUUGGAGCAUCUGGCUAAUUGUCACUCUUACUACAAGAGAUUCGAUGCCGGUUGUCAGCUGCACAAGGAGGCCGCUGAGCCGCUGCAGGGAGAGAUCGGUGUGGUCCGCGAAAUGCUACAGCUGCUGCCCCUCAAGAUGAACACGGUCAAGGCGAGAUUGGGUUAG